AUGACAUCCCCUGACAGGGGUCGACAUGCCCAGGAAACGGAAGACGUCGAGGCUGCGGUGCCUCCCCAGACAAAACGCAUCAACUUUGGACCAGAGGAGCAUUAUGAGCGAUCGAAGAGAGCAACUGGCAGCCGACGCCGCUCUGCCAGCCGCGACUCAAUCUCAAGCGUUCAUAGUCGCACCCGAUCUGUUUCAGGAAUUCCCAUCGAAUUUCGCACACUCUCUUUUAACAUCGCUGAAUCUCAAGCUAUUGAGGAAGACACAGAGGACUUGAAACACCUAACAACGAAAAAGGAGAACACGAAAAAGACACAGGAAGAGGCGGAACAGAAGGAUUAUUUUGAAAACCUUGACUUCCAUAUCCUACCUGGCGAUGCAAUUUGCGAAAGGCUCGACGUAAGCCCUGGCCAAGGUCUUAGCACUGCUCAGGCAGUGGCUCGACUUACACAGAAUGGCAAGAAUACAUUCCCCGCCCGCCGCGAGAACUACACAAAGAGGAUCCUCAAUUAUGUAUUCGGUGGCUUUUGCUCGGUCCUGUGGAUUGGGGUGAUCGUAUUCUUCAUCUGUUGGCGCCCGCUGGGCGACCCGAACCCAGCAGCAUAUAAUCUCGGCUUGGCCAUCCUCAUCAUGAUAGUCAUCUUCCUCCAAGCUUCCUUCUCCGCAUUUCAGGACUGGUCGACAGCGAAGACCAUGAAAUCAAUUCUGAACCUCCUGCCCACCGAGACACUAGCCGUCCGUGAUGGCCAAACGGUUAAAGUCAGCUCUCUGGAUCUCGUCGUGGGAGAUAUUGUGAAGAUCAGCGUUGGAAACAAAGUACCUGCUGAUAUGCGGCUCCUGAAUACAUCCGGCGACGUCCGUUUUGACCGCUCUAUGCUCACUGGGGAGUCAGAUGAAGUCGAAGGAGCCAUCGAUAUGACGGAAACAAACUUUCUCGAGACACGGAAUGUAGCAUUGAUGGGCACGAUGGUAACCAAUGGUAGCACGACUGGCGUUGUUAUUCUUACCGGAGGCAAUACGGUCAUGGGCCGGAUUGCCAGCGCUACAAACGCGGUCAAAGACGAGCCUACGCUUAUUCAGCGCGAGAUAUACCGUUUCGUGAGGAUUAUCGUGUGCCUUACCGUCAUCCUCGCCAGUGCCAUAAUUCUCACCUGGGUUGGUUGGUUGCGUGUUAAGCACCCAACCUAUAUGAACCUUAUCAGUAUGUUGAACAAUGCCAUGGGCUGUGUGGUUGCUUUUAUACCAGAAGGAGUACCCGUGGGGGUCGCUCUCACUAUGAUGAUCGUUGCGAGACGGAUGAAGAGCAGUGAUAUUUUGCCAAAAGGGCUGUCGACGGUUGAGACGCUCGGGUGUGUUAACGUUUUGUGCUCUGAUAAGACGGGGACGUUGACUGAGAACAAGAUGGUUGUUACUACUGUUGGCUUUCUAGACAAGCGUAUGGGCGUCGCCGAAGCAUUGUCUUCAUCUUCGGAGAUUUCGAGACCGCUGGAGGAGCUUUUUCGUGCUUCAAUACUUUGCAAUGAUGCAGCCUUCGACCCUCUGACCAUUGGCCUCCCUGUAAUGGCUCGUGAUACCCAAGGUAAUGCCACCGAUGGUGCAACUUUAAAGUUUGGAACCGCGGCUCUUGAAGGACUUGAUCGCAAGGGAGCAAAUGGUGAUACGCUCCCUAGAGCCUUCCAAAUUCCCUUCAACUCCAAGAGCAAGUGGAUGUUGACACUGCACAAGAUCGGCUCAAACACGUCUAAACCGCACUUCUUAAUGUUGGUAAAAGGCGCUCCAGACGUCCUGCUCCCCAAUUGCACUACCUAUUGGUCAUACUCGAGCAACAGCAUCAAGGCCCUCGACCAUCCUGCAAUCGCCCAAUUUCAGGAACUUCAAGAGGAUCUUUCACGAAGCGGUCAGCGGGUGAUUCUGCUCUGUCAGCGCGAUAUCACACCGCAGAACGGCCUUGGAUCCAACGCCUUCGCCGAUGAAAUCCGAGACACCCAAAUCACCGACUUGACCAUCAUCGGCGUCUUAGGCAUCACUGACCCUCCUCGAAAGGAGACGGCGGAGACUGUAGCAGCCUGUCGCCGCGCCGGUAUCCGAUUCUUCAUGGUAACUGGUGAUUUUGGGCUCACCGCCUCGGCCAUCGCCCGCGAAGUUGGCAUUUUCACCAAUCCAGGUGAUCCCGAUACAUCCUAUAACAUCAUGGAGCGCCGCAAUGACACCGAUGAAGCGCUAGGGAACCGCACCUUCCCUUCUGCGCCUACAGAUAAAAGUCUACUGCUCGAAGGGCCAGCAAUUUCUGGACUUACGGACGAUGACUGGGAUAGUGUUUGCGCGUACGAAGAAAUAGUCUUCGCCCGAACAAGCCCAGAGCAGAAGCUCCGCAUUGUGAAAGAGUUCAAGGCUCGCGACAAUAUUGUGGCAGUGACCGGAGAUGGCGUUAAUGAUGCUCCCGCCCUUCGCGCUGCAGAUGUCGGAAUCGCCGUCGUGACCGGUAGCGAUGUAGCCCUCGAAGCAGCAGACCUUGUCCUUUUGGCCAAAUUCGAUUCCAUCAUCGACGCCAUCCGCCUCGGGCGUCUCGUCUUCCAGAAUCUUCAGAAAAUUAUCAGCUACCUCCUUCCUGCGGGCUCCUGGUCUGAGAUCUGGCCUGUCCUGCUGAACGUCUACCUGGGCGUUCCUUUGCCGCUCUCCACCUUCCUCAUGAUCAUCAUUUGCGUUUUCACCGAUCUUUUUCUCUCCCUCGCACUGAUCAUGGAGCGAGAGGAAUUCGAUCUCCUCUCCCUGCCGCCACGUAAUGCGAAAAAAGACCACUUGAUCAACUUUAAGAUUUACGCACAGAGUUACCUCUUCAUCGGACUGAUGGAGACCGUCUGCGCACACGGCAUGUUCUUCCUCUACAUGUACCGCCACGCCGGAAUCCCAGCCUCCUCACUCUUCCUAGCAUUCGAGAGCUACAGCGAAGGGUUCUACGGCUACUCAGCCGCCGAGCUCCUGCAAUUCAACACCGUAGGGCAGAGCGUGUAUUUCGUGACCCUCGUGAUUCUGCAGUGGGGUAACAUCCUGAGUAUCCGCAACAAACGGCUAAGCAUCUUGCAGGCUGACCCGGUGAGAAAGCAGAGACGGAAUCCCUGGUUGCUGGCAGGUGCAGCAAUGAGUCUAUCGAUUGCGGUAUUUGUGACUGAACAGCAAGGGAUUCAGACCAUUUUUGGGACUGCCAGUGUCCCGCUUGAGUUUUGGUUCCUGCCGCUGCCAUUGGCGCUAGGGAUAUUGGUUAUGGAUGAAAUGAGAAAGUUGGGGGUUCGGGGCUGGCCCACGGGGGUGUUGGCGAGGAUUGCAUGGUAA